AUGGACUUGCCUAUUGAAGAAGUAUGUCAGAAAUUGAAACUCGCAUUUGAAGAACAACAAGAUGAUCCUGUUUCAUUAGUUACAGUGAUCGACCUUUUUGCUACCCAAAUAGACUCAAAUGGUACAUUAAUUGAUAAAGAAACCUUUUUAAAUACAAUACAUGAUUCAUUAACUGAUUCGAUCCUACAAGAAAUUGGUUGGGAUUUACCAAAGACUUUAAUUAAUUUUAUUUCAAUUAAAAAUAUUGAAACUGAUGAUACAUUAUCAAAAAAUAUUAUUCUUAAUACUGUGGCAAAAUGUUUUAAUAAAAUUGCUUUAAAGGGGAACCCCAAAGAAUGUUUAUUAGCUGCUUGUGAACUACUAUCAGAUUUGAAACUUGAUUCAUCAAGUGAAGAUUCUAAUGAUGCCAUUGAUAUUAAUGAAUCCAUAUAUCAUCACGAUAACAGCAAUUCUUUAAUUAAUGAAAAUGAAGCUAUUCCAGAUAUUAAGAUUCAUUUUUUAUUUGAAUUGAUUAUUACUUGUAAUAAUAGAAUAGAUACAUUAUAUCCAUCAAAAUUUUUAGCUGAAAUAGUAAUGGCAUUUAAUACAUUUAUGAGAAAUAAUAGUGAAUCAAUGAAUGAACCAUUUUUUUUCUUAAAGAGAAUUUAUCAAUAUAUUAUUAAUUAUAAUAAAUUACAGCAUGAUAGAUCAACGAAAGUUAAUGACCAAGAUCAAAUUUUUAAAGAUGAAUUUUAUUUAGAGAACAAAUUGAUUUAUCAUUUAAUUACUCAUUCAUUAGGUCAAUGUUUAAAAAAUCAACGUUUCCCAUUUGAUCACUAUUAUACAGGUGAAAUGGAAAAGAAAAGUCAUUUAAAAGAUAAUAAAAAUAUUAUUGAUAUUUUUUCAAAAUUUCAUCUUUUAAUUUUACUUUAUGAUAUCAAUUUAAAACAAGAUUUUCAAAAUUAUAUAACAGAAUCUAAAUUAAUUUAUGAUAGAACUUUUGAAAAAUUUAAUGAAUCCAAGAACAAUCAAGCAGAUUCAAAACUUAUGGAUUUCUUAUGGGGUGUAUCAUAUCAUUAUACUAUUGAAAAAUCAUUAAAGGAAAAGACAGUUGUCGCGGACCCUUUAGGAAUCUUAGUACUUGUUGGUGCACAUUAUAUGGAAGAAAAUACAUGUAUAAUUCCAAAUUUAACUGUUACAGAUGUAAUUUAUUGUUAUAUUAGAUAUGUGACUACUUCAUUACGUUCAAGAUUAUAUUUUAAUUCAAUUGCAGAAAGUAGUUUAAGAUAUUGUCUAUGGAUAACAAUUACACAAAACUCGACAAAUUCAAUCAAGGAUGAACUAAAUCGAUUACCUAAUGCGAUAAGUACAUUUUUUUUACAAGUUUUAUUAUUAAGAACUUGUUCUUUGCAUGAAGAAGAAAUUCCUGAAAUAUCAUAUACUUUAUUAAGCCGUUUAUUAUGUUUAUUUUCAGAAAAGAUUUCCUUUGAUUAUAUUAUUAAUGUAUUAACGGAAUGCCCUCAUAUUAUUGCUAGAAUAAAUAUUUUAUCAAUCUUAAAAGUAAUGAUGACGAAACCUAUACAAAACAUCGAAAAGCAACAAUCCACAACGAACAGUCCCCCACAAUUACCACCAAGACCUUAUAUUCAAGCUAACAAUGAUACAAUACAUAAAAUGGUUGAUGUAUUCGUGCUUACGAUAAAUGAAAUGACUCAAGACAUGGAUGAUGAAAAUUAUUUAAAUUUAAUUUUAGAUUAUAUGAAUUUUUUUGUUAGUUUACGUGAUAAAUGUAAUAACGAUACAUUAUCUGUUGUUUAUACUACAGUAUCAAAGUUCGCAACCGAUAACACUAACGAGACAAAGCUACCACAACUUGAAUUCAUUAAACAAGCUAAUGAUACAUUAAAGAACUAUCUACAUCCAAAAGAAACAUGA